AUGUCAGAUCCUUUGCCUUCCGACGGUCCCGCUGAGGCGGCGGCGACGCCUACCGGUCUCGACGCAGCAGAGGCGCAAGGAGACAAAAGGCAAGAGGAGCGCCGGUCAGCAGAAGAAGCUGCGCAGGGAAAUGAAGUAGGAGAGGUUGCGGCUCCUGCUGAGGAAGAGGACGCGAAGCCUGGAGGCCCACUGACAGCAAAUCCCGAGGCUGCGAGCAAUCCAACCGAGGGCCAGCCAGCAGGUCCGCUUGCGGAGGAGGGUAAAGGAAGUCAGCCUGACACAGCCCAGGAGCCGCAGUCCCAACAAGACGCCACAGCGACUCCGGCUGCGAAGGAAGAAGGCGGCGAUCCAGCCGCAGAGGCCUUUAACGGGGAGGUCAGAGGGGAGGAAGCGCGGAAGAGCGCAGAGGACGCCUCGAGCGACGGGCAGGCUCACCCUGCAGAAUCUCCGGCCCGCACUGAACCUGGAAAGACGUCGCCUCCGUCUUCUGCAUCCGGAACGAAAUCUCCCGGGGCUUUUCGCGAAGGGAAACUCGAUCUGAGUAAUCCUUUGGCUACGAUCCCAGUGUCGCCGCGGAGGAUGGACUCUGCGAAGGAUUCCGGCGGGGGGGCCGAGAAGACUCGAGACCUCACCUUUGCGUCUCAUGUCCCCUUUCGGUCUUACGCCUCCACUGGAGGCGUGGCCUUGGAGGUGAUCUCCGACGGGCUCACCGUUGGAGUUCCGGCCGGGGAUAGCGAGCGAAUGUCUCCUCCGGCGCAUGUGAUGGCGACGAGUCCGCCGCAAACAGGGGCGCUACAGCAUAAGAGCUUGCCAGGCGGCGCUCUGCUUACGGACCGAUCCAAGAGCACUGUGGCUGCCUUCCCGCGCUUCCAUCUGUCAGCCGCAGAGGACGAGGAUGAGUCCGACGAAGCGGAGACGGCGCGGGAUGGGGGGGCUGUGGAGGGCGCGGCUCCGGGGCGGCGCAUGACCCAGAAGCUGGUGAUCCCUAGGCCUCGCCCGUUCGUCCUCGCGUCUUCGCCGAGCGAAGAUUUUUCGGGGCUGCCCCCCGAUGUGGAGGUCAUCCCGCCGCCUUCGCAGCCGUAUACGCCCUUCUCGUGCUUCGUGACGCCGGCCCUGGAGCCGCCGGUGAACUACCCGCGCGCGGAUUACAUCACCACGGCGUCGGGUAACCGCGUGGGUCGUGGGACGUUGCUCUUUGGCUCACAGAACAUCACCUUGGCGGGGCGUUCAGUCGUGUCUCAGGGCGUGCUGCUGCGCGGCGACUUGGUCUCGCUGCGCUUCGGCAGGUACGUGUACCUAGACGACAACGUCCUGGUUCACCCCAGCUCGUACCGCUCCAAGGGACAGACGCUCCACGUGCCACUGACGGUCGGCGACUACGUGACGGUGGGGAGGGACACAGUUGUCCGCGCCGUCGCGAUCGGUUCGUGCGUUCAGAUCGGCGCCAACUGCGUGAUCGGCAACCGCUGCAUCCUCAAAGACUUCUGCAAGAUUCUGCCUGGAACCGUCCUCGCCCCCGACACUGUCGUUCCCUCGUUCACGGUCUUCGGCGGCGCGCCGGGGAGAGUCGUCGCGGAGCUGCCCGAGGGCGAGACGAUGCUCAUCAGACUGGAAGCCGUACGAAAGUACAACCUCUUCCUUCCGGCGAAGGAGGGAGCCGCGGCGAAGGCCUAG